AUGUUCUGCUACAUAAUUUUGCUUGUCAUUGUUGCAAAAUGUAGAUUGACCAAAUAAAUCAACUUACAUCAGUCGGAAAAUUCUUUAAAUUAAUGGAGCGAAGAAAGUAUUUCAAGUAAUUCCUUUUACACUCUCCCUGCUGGUCAUUCCUACUAUAGCAUUGAUGUAACUUUAGAGCAUGAGGAUCAAACCUUUCUUCUUAUCCAGCUUGAUAUUAAAGAAAAUAGUUUUACCCAAUAUGAUUAAUAGGAUUUUGAAUAUGUAACUAUUUCAAGUUAUUUGGAUGGCUAAUUGGAAAGGCAUAUUAUAGUUUACAAUAAGCAUCACAAAUAAACUAAUAUUUAGGUGUUCUCUUAAAAUAACACAAAGUAUAAAAUCACAAUAACUGCUAUGAAGAAAUUAGGGAACAACUGUUUGAAUUAGUGUAAUCAUCAUGGCUUAUGUUAAAAAUAAAAAUGUGAGUGUUUUUCAGGAUACUUUGGAGAUGAUUGCCAUUCACAAGUUUUUAAGUUCUCCGAUACUAAAGAUUUGAAUUUAAAUGUUCCAGAGUAAAUGCAAUAUUAUGUAAUGGAUUUAAAAGAAUAAAAGAAAUAGGUUGAAAUAUCUUUCAUACUUGAAAAUUAUGAAGACUUAAAGCUGACAUUUUUUAAUGACAUCAAAUAAUAAUCGUAAACAAUUUUAAAGGAAGGUAAGAAAGUUAUGUAUCUUUUAUUGGAAUUCAAUUUUUCAGAGAUUUCUAAAAGUGUUGCUAUCUUUGCAGCAGAAAAAAAUAUGAACAAAAAUUAAUAUUUUCUAGCACACAUAAAGAAAAAGGAGGUAUAAGAGGGUCUAAGCUUUACAAAUAAAAUAACAAUGGGAAUAGUAGGAUUUUCUAUCUCAAUUCUUCUCACUUUUAAUGGCCCAGUAGUUAUUCAAAACGUUGUAAGAUGUUGUUGCUCAUGAGAAUUUUAUAUUUAAGAACAUAAAAUAUUUAUAAGAAUGGUUAGUA